GCGACGACGCGACAACUAGCUUCUGCUGUGACCUUCUUCCCCGGUCGCCCUCCUGGACACCCAUCCCAUGGAGACUGUCACUCUCUUCUACCUUUUCUCUUCUUCACCCUUUCACAUAUAAUCCUACAAUGGCCCCUGGUCCGUUUAGAAGGAAGCCCUUGGGUCUGGAUGUGCCCCGCACCGUUGCGGUCGAGUCGCCGCCUGGCGUUGCGGCCCUCUUCGUCAUUCGUUUCGACAUUAAGGCUGGCUACGUUAUCUCCUGGAAACGGACGACCCCUGGAGUUGAUAUUGAAGGAGCGGUGGAAUACAAGUCGCUGCCAUCUGGCCUACACAAUGUAUCAGAGGACUUGGUGUACUUCGUUCACGAGCAAUAUGCUGGCAUCAGUGCCUUCGUCAACUGGCCUGCGGAGGAGGCAGAGCGCAAUGCGAAGAUGUUCGCCAUUGGAGUCCUUGUACCCUUGAGCUCAGGGAGGUUGGGAAAGAGCUGGAGACACGCGCCUAAGCUCAAGGAAUUGGCACACGAUUAUGCCCAGGACAUGUCCAAUACCCAGCCGCUAGCAGACUACUGGGAGGCUUAUCAGACUCGCGAAAGCGACUUGUCUGCUAUGCCUCCCGAUUCUCCUUUGGAGUCUCCGCUCAGCUUCCGUCUCAGAGCCCACGGGGACCGAACCGAUAGCAUACAUCGGGGUCGCGCGUUCAGCGACGCGAUCAUGUUGGAAACGCCCAGGCCGGCCCUGACGCCCUUCCACCCAGCUUCCUCCCUCCCAGAUUUCCUCGACUCAUUUGGUCCCCUCAUAUUUCCCCUGUACAGAGCGGCCCUGCUGCGCAAGCGGGUCCUUUUCAUGGCAGAGCCUCCAGUCCAUGUUCCUUGCAGUUAUGUAUAUGAUUUGUCGCUAUUGGCCUCGUUGCCUAAUUCCCUCCUUCCACUCCUUCCUCAAAACGGACUUCCUCCUCCCCGACCGCGUCCUUUGUUCAACGUGGGCAUCCAUGAUAUCCCCUCCCUUUCCUCCUUCGUGGGCGGCUCCCCUAAUUCCGACCGUGACUCAGCAUGGAUCGCUUGCAGCACGGACAGCGUUUUAAGCAUGAAGCCCGAACUUUUCGAUAUUCUAGUCACCUUACCGCCCCCACAUUCCAGGAACGCUGCAGAGAAGGUGUUCCCCACUGUUUCGAUUUUCCAUACCCAGCCCACCAAGGGUAAAACACCCCAUUCCGUCGUCCUGAAGGCGACCCAGCGGGACGCGCGACGUUACUAUACUCUCCGCAAGGGUCUUCGCCACGUUUCCCAAAACGAGGAAACUCAACCCGACUCCGAUGACGAUUCCGACGCCGCCUCCACUUACUCUUCUAGUCCGAUCGUCGAGCCCCUCUCUUGGGCACGCCUGGCAUAUACCUCCUUCAUCUGGUGGGCCUCGGCGGGCGAGAAGCGCGACGGUCUAACAGAGGAAGAGGAGGAAGAGCAUCAGAUUGAGCAAGACACGCGCCUCCUCGCCAGCAUCGAGACCCUCCCCAGUCCACCCUCAGGCUCCGUCGGCCGUCGCAGCAUUCAACCCCACGAGUCAGCGCAACAGCCCCCCGAAAUUGCUCUCGUCGCAUACUUCCGUCGUCUCACCACACAAAUCUUCAUCACCUUGUCCGACGUGAUUGCUCGCCACGACAGUCGCAACCUACCGGACGACGAGGACAACGACGAUCUCCUCCCCGACGACGUAUCAGAGGACGACACCGACCCCUCCCUUGCCAUCGGCCGCCAAUCCACCCAAGAAGACGACUCCCGCAGCCCACUCCUCGCGCAGCAAUCGACCGAGCAUUCCAGCGGCAGCACGCAGGAGGACAGCGGCCCCGUCAAGAUCACAUCCGAGGACCUGACCGAGAUGGGCCUGGACGUGUGGAGCGCCGCCGACCGGGUCUUCGUCGAGGAGCUCGUCAUGCUCUGGUGGGGCCGGAAGGCGUACGUCGACAGCGCGCGCAUCAGAUGCUGUGGCAUCUCCAUCCUAUAGUCAGCCUGUUUUCUUGUACCUACUACUACUAUGAUACUCCUUGUUGCUUCUCUUUGAUUCGUCAUCUGUUCAUUACUGGAAUAUCUUUGAUGCACACACAGAAGAAGACAUCGUAUAUAUUACCAGCAGGCCAUAUAGUCUACAAUCCAG